UGAGCAAAGCCAGCCCAUCAAAGCGCACGUGGUCGGCGGGACGCUACUCCGUGUUCGAUGGCAGAUGUCACGGCGGUAUAUAAGGUCCUCCGCGGCUCGGUGCCGGCAUCGUUGGGAGACCACACGAUCCUUCACCAGACACCUCCUGGCCCCUGCCGGAACACACCAUGAUGCACCUCGUGCUGUUGGCAGCCCUGGCGGCUUAUGGCGUCGUCGCUGUGCCGAUCCAGGCAGAGCAUGACCUGGGCAACAUCGUGUUCGCCAGUGUGUUAUUCCGACAUGGUGACAGGGCACCAACAUCGUCCUACCCCAACGAUCCUUACAACGAUGUCGCUAAAUACUGGCCGAGGGGAUAUGGUCAGUUGAGCGAGAUCGGUGAAGAGCAGCACUACAGGCUGGGCUCGUACCUCAGACAGAGAUACUCUGACCUGCUGCCUCUGACGUACAACACCAAUGACACCUACAUCAGGAGCACGGAUGUGGACCGUACCCUGGUGAGCGCCCGUUGUAACCUGGAGGGACUGUACCCGCCGACAGAGAGGACCUUGAGCCAGCCCAGCAUCAGGUUCCAGGCCAUCCCCAUACACACCGAGACUUCGUCGAAUGAUGAUCUAAUUGUUCCGUUCUACAACUGUGCCAAAUACACCACCCUGUCUUCCUAUUUGAAACUGACGGACGAGUACCAAUGCGUUGUCAAUGCAACAGCCCAGGUGCUGGAAGAAGUCGCAGAAUUCGCUGGAACAACUACUUCAUCUGCUUCGGGGUUGCACGAUGUUCUUUUCAUUGAGGAGCUGUACAAUUUAACAUUACCUGACUGGGUUAAACCAUACUACCCGCAGCCACUGAGGAAUAUAGAACUGCUAGAAGGAUUUAUUUCUGCAGCUGGAACUACACAACUCCAAAGACUAUCUGCUGGACCAGUGUUGAAGCAGAUGAUCGAAAAUAUGCAGAACAAACUAAACGGCACCCUCAGCCCUGAUCGCAAACUCUACAUAUACUCAGCCCAUGACAGCAAUGUAGUCAACUUGCUCCAGGCUUUGAAGGUGUUCAACGGACAACUGGUCCCGUACGCAUCAGCCGUCAUCAUAGAGCUCAGGGAGAAGUUGGGAAGUCCAUACGUCACGGUGUCGUACAAGAACAGCACCGAGACAGAGCCCUACCUGCUCCAGCUGCCGGGAUGUGCUCACCUGUGUCCUCUGGACAGAUUCGUAGAGCUGACCAAGGAGGUCGUACCUGACGACGAGGCCACUGAAUGCGCGGAGGCCGUGGAGGAAGGAGAAACAAUGGAUUUCCAGGUUCCAUCUGCAGCCAUUCUCCCAGAGUGGGAGCAUUGCUUCAAUGAACCCAAGAUCCUGUUUGGAUUCAAGCACCAUGUCAUCUCCUUCAAAAUACCUUUCUUCAAACUUCUGUAACAGCAAAGUUUCCUCUCAGAAGAUUGCUUCUGAUGUAACAUCAUGAAAAUAAACAGUUGAAAUGAU